GAAAACAAUACGAUACUAAUCUUGCUGGCAGGGAGCUCCUCUGUUUUACAGAAUACCAACCAUGUCCCCUCCUCCCGCGAUGAAGACGUCGAAGGCGCGACAUUGCGGAUGGCAACGGCAUACCUCAGUCGCUACCCGGAUUUGAUUGACUGGUCCAACGUCAAGGGAAAAACAGCUCUUCACGUUGCCUCCCUGAAAGGGAACGAGGGAUUUGUUCGUAUGCUGUGUGACCAUGGAGCUGAUUUCGACCUCCCGGAUGAAGAAGGAAACACACCCCUUCAUUUCGCAAGCGCGUGGGGUCAUGUCUCGAUUGUCCAGCUACUGAUUGAACGCGGCUGUCAAUUCGUCAUCAAGAACAAUUAUGGCUUUACAGCGUCUGAUUAUGCCUUCUCUAACAACACGAUGAACGUUCUGCAGGACACAGCUCGGUCCCAGUUUGAAAGUAACAAGCGCGCCCGGAGAAACAUUUAUGCACAAGCUGCAAGCCGAGGAAGUGAACUCCAGAAACGCUAUGAGCAAAUGUACGGCGGCUCUAUCCCACGGAUCCCAAGUUCAACUCGGUUACGAAGUGGGUCAGGAGCAAGCGUCCCAGAUCCUGUGACCGACUUGGAUGGUUCAGGUACAUCAUACGACUCGACAAAGCAUUCGGCAUCGAAUCACCCUUAUCAACCUUUAACCUCUUCCACAAUGUCACAUGCUUCAUCAUCUGCGGUCCCACCUCUCCCUCCGAAAGAUAGAUCUCCAAUGCGUCCCCAGCAUUCUGCUGCUGCCCACAGCGACACUCCUAAAGUUCUUAAGUCUCAAAGAAUUUCCCCCUCCCGUUCUCUCCAACAGCUUUCAUCCUCUGGCACCGAUAAUUCUUCUGAGGGGCCCCCAUCUUCUCGUCGACAGCAAUCGAUUGAUCUCGCAUUGUCACCAGUCGCAUCAAAGGUCCGUCAACGAGACGCAGAUGCGAUUGCUCAGUAUCUUUCACGAACCCGUACAACCUCAAUAGAAUCUGGAUCUCUCGUAGCCCCUAGUACAAAUGGCUCUUCCUCAAUGUCUGUACGUUCGAAAAGCCCCGACGGGGAAGCGAGUUACGGUUUCCGUUCUACGCUACGACCAUCUACAUCUGCCUCGGUUCUCCGAUCUCUCAGCGAGACGUCCCCUUCGAAACAUCCCAGUGAACAGUCAAAUAUGCAACAUCGUUAUCGAUCAACUACUUUUGGUUCCCUGCCCGAAACUACGGAAGAAAUCAAACUCAGUGGUCCCGGCCGAUGAGAAAAGACAGAACUUCGUGGCGCAACUUGUGGUCCCGCAAUCGUACCACCCUUUGGAGGGGUAUAGUGCGACAUAUCAAUUGCUACACCUUUGCUCCUCACUUUUGGGUAUGUUUCUUUCCUCCAUGCUGCGUUCGACACUCUGGUUCGGUUUACAUCUGCGA